AUGGCUUCCAGACAGCAGGGAGAGAGUUGGACCGAGGAGACAGUUUGUCCCAUUUGUCUGGAUUUCUUCACCGAUCCGGUUAUACUGGAAUGUGGACACAACUUCUGCCGCUCCUGUAUCACCCAGAGUUGGGAAAAGAAGGAGAUGAACUCCUGCCCGGAAUGUAGAGAGGGGUUUCCGGAAAGAAACCUCAAGGUAAAUCGGGCCUUAGCGAAUCUGGCCGAGAAAGCUCGAAAAUUAAAGCUGGAUCCGAAAGAGAAGGAAAAUAAACCUCACUGUGAGGUACAUCAGAGAGAACUGGAGCUGUUUUGUGAAACUGACAAGAAAUUGAUCUGUCUGAUUUGUAGAGAUUCGCGGGAACACAAAACUCACAACUUCCUGCCGAUAAAUGAGGCUGUUGAAAUCUACAAGGAUCAGCUGAAGUCUUCCUUAGAUUCUCUCACAGAGAAGAAAUCGGCGGUUCUACAAACGGAACUGACCCAGAAACGGAAGAUUUCCGAAGUGAGGGUGAGCUCUCCCUGUGCUGAUUUUCUGGGAUCUCGGUUAGUUUUGUUCCCUUUACCGCGGGACAUUAAUGAGGUUUCACAUUUCAUUUGGUAG